AUGAACAAACAAAAAUCUAUUACCUCCUUUUUCAAACGAAAAGAGCUAGAAAAUGACACAACACCCGACGAAGAUAAUCCAGUUAAUGAAGAUACCCCUACCCGAACACAUAAUCAUGAAGAAGGUCCAUCGAUUAUUGAUAUUGACAAUGUGGCUAUUAAUUAUUUAGAACGUGAUCCAGGGUUACGUCCUCCAAUAUGGGCUUAUCCAAUUGGAAAACGAAAUGAAAUAAGACGUGCUUAUAUUAAAUUAGGGCCUUAUCAACCUCAAUUGGCAGAAUAUCCAUUUUCAGGGCCUACAAAGCAUCGUCGCCGAUUUCAAUCUACUUGGUUUGUUGAGUUCCCAGAUUGGUUGGAAUAUUCACCUUCUAAAGAUGCUGCAUUUUGUCUACCUUGUUAUCUGUUUACUGAAACACCAAAUUCUCGGGUAAAAUCGUUUACUUUGACCGGAUUCAAAAAUUGGAAAAAAGUCAAUGACGGGAAACAUUGUGGGUUCCUUGCUCAUAUUGGAGAAGGUCCAUUUACAACUCAUCAAAAUGCGGUUCAAUUAUACAGGACUCUUCCUAAGCAAAAAGCAAAGAUUCUGUUAGUACUUGAACACAUCUCGAAUGAUAAGUCUUGUAAUUCUACUCAACGUGGGGAUGUUGAUGUUGCUUUAGAUCUAAUGAUUUCCUUUGAUUUUGUGUUCAUUGCCCAUUUAAUGGAAGAAAUUUUAGGAAUUGCUAAUGUUCUAUGUCAAGCCUUACAACAAAAGUCCCAAGAUAUUGUCAGUGCUGUGAAAUUAGUGUCUACAAAUCAUGCACUAAUUCAGGAAAUGAGAGAAAAUGGAUGGGAAAGUUUUUUAGAGUCGGUGGUAUUGUUUUGUCACCAACAUGAUAUUUUAAUACUUGAUAUGAAUUCUCCUUAUAUAGCUCGUAGGGGUCGAGCUCGUCAUCAACAAGAUCGAGUUACGAUGAAUCAUUUUUAUCGAGUUGAAAUAUUUUUAGGUGCAAUUGACAAACAAUUACAAGAGCUAAAUCGGAGAUUUAAUGAUGACUCUUUGGAGCUCUUAACUUUAUCAUCUUUGUUAGAGCCCAAAGACGGAUUUAAAAAUUUUGAUCUUAAGAAGGUUUGCUUGAUUGCAGAAAAGUUUUACCCCGUGGAUUUUACGGAGCAAGAAAGGUACAAUUUGAGGUAUCAAUUGCAACACUUUUUUUGUGAAGCAAAAAAUGAGCCUAGUUUGACUCAUCAUUCUACCUUGGAGGAAUUUUGCGAACACUUGGCACAAACAGGAAAAUCAAAUGUAUACUUUUUGUUUGAUAGACUAAUACGUCUAGUUUUGACCCUUCCUGUCUCCACAGCUACCACUAAAAGAGCAUUUUCAGCAAUGAAGAUCAUGAAAACAAGACUACGUAACAAGAUGGAGGAUGAGUUUUUGGCCGAUAGUUUAGUUAUUUCCAUUGAAAGGAAGAUUUCUAAGUCAUUUAGUACUAAAUCAAUAAUUGAUGAUUUUAAAUUAUUAAAAGAAAGAUGA